UUAACAGGUUGCUUUUGUCGACGACUCCACCGUUGAUUCCGUUGGACAGACCGAAGCGUCCUUUGCAAGAUGCAGAUCUUCGUCAAGACCCUAACGGGCAAAACGAUCACCCUCGAGGUUGAAUCCUCGGACACUAUCGACAAUGUCAAGGCCAAAAUCCAAGACAAGGAGGGCAUUCCCCCCGACCAGCAGCGCUUGAUCUUCGCCGGCAAGCAGCUCGAGGACGGCCGCACCCUCAGCGACUACAACAUCCAGAAGGAGUCGACUCUUCACUUGGUGCUCCGUCUGCGUGGUGGUGCCAAGAAGAGGAAAAAGAAGACCUACAGCACCCCCAAGAAGAUCAAGCACAAGAGGAAAAAGGUCAAGAUGUCCAUCCUCAAGUACUACAAGGUCGACUCCGACGGCAAGAUCAAGCGUCUCCGUCGUGAGUGCCCGACCGCUGAGUGCGGUGCUGGUAUCUUCAUGGCCUUCCACAAGGACCGCCAGUACUGCGGCAAGUGUGGGCUGACGUACACGUUCGCCGCUGGCAGCAAGCCCCCUACUGUCUAAGCCGUCGUUUCAAUACUCGUCGUACUAUGUGUUGUAUUGAUCC